GUGACGAUACCUCUUCCUCAACGGAUGAUAAUGGCUUUUCCUAUACUCUGACCUCGAACAUAGCCUAUCCGUCACUACGACGCGUUCAGAGACACCGCACAGGCUACUCUUCGGAUAACGUCUGACUCCGUAUCAUUUCGUAGCGUAUUAAAUUGCACUUUCCUUUUACGGACUCCUGUUUUCGCCUCUCAAAAUGCAGUAUCAUUUUGGCUGGCCUUUGGCGUUAUAAAACUGAAGAGGAAUACUGGAAGUUGAGAAAACAAUGUAAUAACCACAGCGCGGAACAAAUCUUGAAUUAGAAUUUGGUCUCAAGGCUGAGCAUCUGUCCAUCGGGAUCUCCUACCAACUUUGACCUGCUGACCUGGGUUUUCCUCUCCUGUUCUUCGAACACUCUUCUGAUAGUUUGAUGGAGAGCUGGUCGGAUGACAGCUGGAACUGUUGUCAUAACCGGAGGAAUUCUUGCCACGGUGAUACUCUUGUGUAUCAUAGCAGUGCUCUGUUACUGUAGACUCCAGUAUUACUGCUGUAAGAAGAAUGGGUCAGAAGGGGACACUGGCCCCGUCACGCAGCCCCACUUUGCCUGCAACGCGUGCAGUGCCCCUGGGGUGGACGGGGCGGCAGUCACCCCCCUCUCCCUCUCCCCGGAGCCCCCCGCCUCCCACACUACGGGGCCGCCCCGCAAAUACUGCCCCACCUGCUCGCCCUACGAAACGCCCUUCUACAUCCGCACCACCGAUGAGAUGCGCAACGGUGGUGAGCGUAUCACCUACAUGCCCGCGCACUACGAGAACCCAGCGCUAUCCCUCCCCCUGCCCUCCCUGCACAGCUCCCUGCUGAGCUCUGGCCAGCAUCGCAGCAGUCCAGAACCGGACUUCUAUACCAACACUCGCGCUAUAAGUACAGAGGUAUGAACCACCUCCGAUGGGAUCCUGGUGCCGUAGAAGUCCAGUGUUUUUGUAACUUCUGAGGUUUGGGUUGAAAUCCCACAUAGGCCAUUUACUGUGCACAGAAUAUUUGUUCAUUGGCGCUCUGGAUUAUAGAGACUUGAAGUUACACUAAUUUGUCUGGGUGGCCUCUGGAAACCACCCUCUUUCUCUACCUGCUGACCAUUAGAAGGAAGGUGAUGAAAAAGGUGCAUUGAGAGACAACAUGGAGUGUUGACCCCUUCGCCUGGUCUUACACUUUCCGGUUCUGUCUGUCCAUACACUGUGUCAACUAGCUUCCAGCUGAGUUCCUGUGGACUCAAACAGUAUUAUUUUUUUUUUAUCAAGGUGUCAUGUUUAUUGUUGUUCUGCUCUUGUAAUACAGAUGUGAAUGGAACCCAUCAGUUUUCAAUUGACUGAGGGGACAGAACAAGAUCUACUGAGGUAGGGCUUGGGAUUCCAAUCUUCACUCUUUGAGGGCUACUGAGGGAUAUAUUAUGGUUUCACCUGCACCUACUUAUUUCCAGAAUCUGCCAAAAGAGAAAAAUAAAAAUGAUAUAUUGUAUGCUUUUUGUUGGAUUCUGAACUAGAAGGGAAAGCAAGAUGAACAAUCAAGUCCCCAUAAAAAAAUGUAGCAAAAACAGUGAAGCGACACUAAUUACUUCAGAGCUUUCUCUAUGCAAGUUCUACGAACUGAAAGACAACAUGGUUGGAGAGACAGGCCUUUCAAUGCAGCUGUCCAUUUUGUGUGUUUAUUGCAAAAAUGUUUGUCAAAAUGUAACUAGAACUAUAAAAAAAAUGACUGUCUCAUGUUUUCCCUUAAUGAUAAACGAUUGUACUAUGGUUACCAUGGAUACUUUUGAGACAAUGUAAUUUAAAAGUUUAAUAUAAUGACUAUAAUACAGUUUAAAGACAGUUUUAAAGUCAGGACAGGGCGUUUUGUAAACGAGUGAAGUAAAAUAGCAGUUUGUGAUUAUUUGUCAUUUGUACUUAGGAACACACACAAGCUGCAGUCCGGUUGAAAUUAACAUAUUGUAUUUCUCAUUUAUUAAUAGUAAUAGAAGAAUUUUGAAAUGUGUAUGUCACCAAAUGCUUUGAAAGCAUUUCUAUCAACUUAUUUGUCUUUUUGAUUGAGUAGCUGAUGACUUCAAGGAUUUGGCAACAAUACAUUUUAAAUUGGGUUGUGUAGCCUAAGUCUGGUACGAUUUAGAUGUAGUCUGUGCCAUAUGUUGUCCUCAUUCUUCUGGUCCCCCACGAUGGUUGAUUCUAUGAAGUGUAUAUGUCUUUAUACAUUUUAGUGUUUCUUUUAACAUGUGAAGACCUUUAAAUACAAUAUUUAUGUAAUUGGUAACAAAAUACAUAAUUGUUAGCCUACCCAUCUUGUUAUAUGGCUCUAAUUUGAGACUAAUACUAGACAACAUUGCUUGCCAAAAUGAUAUUAUUUUUACCCUGGUGUUUUUGUAUGUUUUAGUCUGAAAAUUAUGUAAAAAUUAGAUUAAAAUAUUAAAAUGGCAAAACCCCCAAACACUUCGUUGAAUGUCCCAAGUAUGCCAAGUAUUCUACUUGUACUGUAUGUUUUGUCCAACAUAACAUAAAGGAGUAUAUAUUAAAACAUACUGUAAGAGGUAGGUGGAAGCAUUAGCUUUUAUAAAAGUUUUUUGUCAGGGCAUUGUUUUCAUUAUACUAGUUAUCACUCCGUGUUGAAAAUGCAUUUCAGUUGAGAAAAUCUACGCAAUGACAUGACCCAUAGGAGUACAUUUUCAUUCGUAGUUUCUGUUGAUUUUGGUUAUUCAUCAAAUAAAUAAAAAACAUUUUUGAAAAUGUUAAAACAAAUAGGAUGAAAUAGGAAAAGAGAA